CCUCCUGGGGCGCUUUCCUAUUUGGGGAGCCCUCGGCUAAAGGGAAGGAAAAGACCUUCGCUGUUUGAUAGGCAGCCGGUGGGGGCGGGGGCAGAUCCUGCUCUCCCUUGAAACCCGGAAUUUGGUGCGCCGAGGGAAGUGGGUUUUUGUUUAGUUCUUGUUUCACGUUGCAACCUUUGCAAACCGCUUUUGCACAAACUCGCUUGUUACUCUUCUUGCAGUGCUGGAAUAAGCAGCUGCGCCGUGAACUCCCUGAUGCCCACCUGCCUGAAAAGGACCAUUAUUGCCUCCCAUAGUGGCUUACAUCAAUACAAAGGAGAAACAGACCCUGUCAUCAGACUUACAAUUUAAAAAGUCAAGACACCGAAGGAAAGAGGAGUGGUGGAAAAAGGAAGACAAGGGACAAAGCAAAAUGGAGAAUUCAUCUUCAAGCAUAGAAUCUGAAUACAUCAAGAACCUCCAACAGCAAAUUUACUUCCUUGAACUGGAGGCUAAUUUUCUAUAUCCUCUACCAUUAACUAAAAGCCAAUCUAUUAAAUAAUCACAGGAAUGGAAUACAGGAGUCCCCACCCCCCACGACAUACACAAGGGUUACGUUCCUGGACUCCACAUGAAUAAAUUAAAUCACGUAAAAUAGGGACGGCACUAUUGAGAGAGGCUGGAAAGUAGCUCUCCCUCAGCAGGUCCCCACAUGCCUUCCCCAGGUGGCGAGGUGCCUUUGCGCAUGCAUGCCCUGCCUGCUUCUGGUGACCAGAAAGCUGAGCUGGGGAUCAGUGGCUGGGUGGCUCCAAGUGCCCAGAGCCACUGUGGGGCCUGUUGGUGCUCUCCCUGUUAGUCUUGAAAGUUGCUGGAGAUGGUUUCUUUUUAUCUAGUUUCUCCCCCAUCCCCAAGAAAUAAUGUUGCUGCCUGCUUGUGGGGUGGUGAGGGAGACGGCGAUGAUGAUUAGAGGGCAGGCAACUCUUGGAUCCUGCUCAAGGAACAAAAUUGAUACGAACAAGGGAAAGAGGGAAGGGCAGGUGGGUAGAGAUGCAGAGUUAUGCAGAGCUAAGGAUGGUACGUGAGUUGGGGGCAGAGAGACACUCGUAGUGGCCAUGCAAACUGUAUUUACCCACUCUUCAGCUCUUCUGUGCCACUCUUCAACUCUUCUGUGCCAUUUUUGCCUAUUUCCUGCUUCAAAUCAUUUACUUGUUUAUUUUGUGGUGACACACACAAACCUUGUUGCGGGUGUAUAGAAUUCAUAUAAGAUGUGGUGGGGUGCCUGUAUUGAAAAGAAACACUUGAAAAGGAACAUUGGGAUAAAUUAUUUUAUUUUUAUGGUAGCUGAAUGAAAGCAGCUUGACAAUUUUCUAUUUUAAAAUUUGACAGUUUUCUUUUUUAACAUUAAUUUCAAAUUGCAUUUUAUCCUUAACUUGCUGUCAUCACUCGUGAUCAGGCUAAAAAACACACCAAACUGCAACCUCUCAUUGCAUCUGAAACAGAACAAAUGCUGCAAAAGCUACAGGAAUUACAGUCUUAUUCUGAUGGCCUUCAGCUGGAGCUAAAGAGAAAAGAAAGUGGUUUGAACAUACUGAAGACAGAGAGGGAACAACUUAGUAACCAGAUCAACAUGGCUGAUGAGCGUCAUUCGAAAGAGAAACAGGCUUUGGUAGAAGAAAUCAUAGCACCAAAGAGAAAGAAGGAACAAAAUGACAGAGAGAUCUCUGCAAAAGAGGUAGAGAUACUGCGUGCUCAACAGGAACUGGAGCAGCAACAGAUGAACCUGUGUAACACGGAACAUACUAUCCUUGUACUACAAGCAAAGGUUAAGCAACGGUCAGAACAGCAGAAGGCGGUGGAGUUGCAGCUUUCUGAAAAGAGGCAGGAGUUAUUGAAAGUUCAAUCUGCUGUGAAUGAAAUGGAAGAUAAGAUCUUUAAGAAAACAGCAGCGAUGCAAGAACAAAUCACUCACGAACUACGGAAUGAGAUAACUCUCCUUCGUCAACAAAUACGUGAGAGAGAGCUACUAGCAGAACAGGAUCGUUUCUUAAGAAGUAAAAUGGUGGGUGAUUAUACAGCACUGAACAAGGAAAAUUCUGCACUGCGGUCCAGGCUCUUGGAACUUACCAGGCAAACAAACAUUGAGAAAGCACUCAAGGAGGAGAGCUAUACAUCACACUCUGCCAGCAUUGCUCAGUUUCUUACUUUGAAAGAUCGUGAAGAACAUCUGCGACAAGAGAUCAAGAGGCACCAAGAACUCCUGAAACAGGAAAAUAACAUCUUGCAGGAUCUUGAGGAUAAGAUUAGAAUUUUGGGGAAAGGAAACACAUCUUUUAAGUUAAGCAUUGCAACAAUGAGCAGUCAAGUAACUGAAGCAAGAGCCUUGUUGGACAGAGAGGAGCAGGACAAUGUUGAACUAAAAAGAGACAAAGUUUUGCUGGUUGAUCUUGCAUCUAAUCUACAGAACCAGCUCAUUGAUAAAGAAAGCAGUCUUCUACAGACUUCCAAUAAGAUGCUACAGCUGGAUGAAGCAAUAUCAGCGUUAAAAACAAGGCAUGUGUUACAUCAGUCUCUUGAAUCAGAAAAAUGGGAUAAAAUCUCCAAAAUGGCAAAUUCAAUGAAGAAACUCAACAAGUCAAUGACAGAUGUUGUAGUCAAAAUGGGAAAAUAGGAAUCUGGUAUUGUAGAUGGGUUUUGAUGUCUUAGAAUUUUGAACACUGAUGAAUUUUAAACAACAUUUAUAUGGUGUAA